AUGGUCCGCCACAAAAAGGACGGCUUCUCCUCACGCGGCGGCAAAGGCGGCCACGGCCGGAACCCGCCCCGCAACAACCCCCGCAGCAGCAAAGGCCCCCGAGACAAUGCCGGCAGCGGCGGCGAAGACACCACAGCCAACCCCCACGACCCGUCCACGUCCUCACGCCCCUACCGCCCUCCCUUCAAGGCCGCCUGCUGGGACCUAGGCCACUGCGACCCGAAGCGGUGCUCAGGCAAGAAGCUGAUGAAGCUCGGUCUCAUGCGCGAGCUGCACCUUGGCCAGCGACACUCGGGCGUCAUCAUCACGCCCAACGGCAAGCGGGUCGUGUCGCCCGCCGACAAGGAGCUGAUGGAGCAGUAUGGCGCGGCCGUGGUGGAGUGCUCGUGGGCCCGCACCAAGGAGGUGGAGUGGAAAAAGGUGGGCGGCAAGUGCGAGCGCUUGUUGCCGUACCUGGUGGCGGCCAACACGGUCAACUAUGGUAAGCCGUUCCGGCUGAACUGCGUGGAGGCGCUGGCGGCGGCCUUUGCCAUCUGUGGUCAUUUGGAGUGGGCGGAAGAGAUUUUGGCUCCGUUUUCGUACGGCAGGGCUUUCCUGGAUAUCAACUCGAAGCUGUUCAAGAUUUACUCGGCGUGCAAGGAUGAGGAGGAGAUCAAGAAGGCGGAGGAGGCGUGGAGGGAGAGGCUAGAAAAGGAGUAUACAGAGAGCAGAGAGGGAGAGUCGGAUGAUAUUUGGACGACCGGAAACACAAAUCGGAGGCCAGCUAUGGAUGACUCAGAUGAGGAGGACGAUGACGAAGACGACGAGGAAGAUAGCGACGAGGAGGAAGACAGUAACGACGAAGAUGGCAGCGUAGACGGUAUCUACCUCGGCACCAAACCACCGCCCAAACAGAAACAACCAGCCGAAGAGGAGUCAGAGGAAGAAGACAAGGACCCUUUCGCCAUAUCCGACGAUAGCGAUGAUGAAGCCGAGAUGGAGGCCAUUCGGCGCAAAAUCCUCGCCUCCAAGUCGUUUGCCAACCCCGAACCGCCCAAGAAGACGGUCGAGACCAUUGCCCGACCGCAAGGGCAGUACAAGCCAGAUUCCGAUGCCGAGCCGGAUUCCGACAAUGGGGAGGAGGAUGACGAGUUUGACAAUAUCAUUGCUGCUACGCCCAUUACCGACAGGAUAGGACUGCAGAAGCUGGAGAAGGAGCGGGCGCGGGCUACAUUGACAGGCACCUUCUCGUCUGCUUCCAUAUCUGCACCCAGAGGAGGAAGAUAAAGGAGAUUCGAUGAUGAGGGCACUUGGUGAAAUCAGGAGAAUC